AUGAAAGACAGAUAAUUCUUAAGAAGUUAAAUAUUGCAUUGCAUAGCCUUUUGUUAUUCAAUUUAUUUCUAUACGAUAGAAAAUGAAGCUAGUAAUCUGAUUUGCAUGAUAAUUACAAGCAUAAUUUAAAUAACUAUGUUUAUAUUGCGAUAUACAAAUUUAUAGAUUAAGGUGAUCGGAACUAUACUAUGUAUUUAGAUAGAUGUGAUUUGUUUGAUUAUUUUGAAUUUUGCGAAUCUCAAUGUCGCAACAUAUGCAUAAUUAAUCUGGAGUCAGCACAUCUCAAAGGAGCUAUUUAAAUAAAUAGGGCCAUAAAAAUAUUAUUUAAUAAAUCCUCGUACUCUAUACUAUGGUACUAUUUUAAUAGUGAGUAUAUUUUAACAAGUGUAUACUCACUUUCAAACGAAUUUCAGUGUUGAAUCUCCAUAAUUAAUUCUCUGUUUGUUAAUGUCAAUCAUUGAUAAUGCAAUUUUUCAGGAGAAUAAAAGAUAAAGAAUUUAAUAAAUAACUACUUAACCUGUUGAUACUGGUACAGUAAAUAAGUUAGAUGGAGUAGCUAAAAGAGCAUUCUCAAUAGUUUCUCAACCUUCAUAAGAUAUGUCAAAAGAAGGGUAUCAUAGAGGGUAUGAUGAUUUUAGUAACAUUUAAUAACAAUAUAUCAAUCCAGAGAUAAUUUAUAAUUCUUUAGAAUAUUUUUCAGAAGGCUUGAUAGUAUUAAAUGUUUUAGAUGAAUAAAAUCACAUUUAUAAAAUAUCAUACAUGAAUAAUGCUACAAGAAUUCUUUUUGGAAAAGAAUAAGAGAUAGACAUCUUAUUUAUCUUGGAAAACUUAUAAUCUUUACAUGUAUAAAAUUAAGAUUUUGCUGAAGAUUUUAAUUCAAGGAGAGAUUCUGUCCAGUAAAAACUUGGAAAUCUUUCAAAUUCAAAAUUAAGUAAAUCGUUGUUUCCAGUAAGAGAUUUAAUGUUUUGUUCAUUGAAGUAGCCAUUGGCUGAUAUUUAAUUGUAUGAGAGAAAUUAAACUGUUAGCAUGAAAGAAUUAUUAGAAAAAAUAUUAAAAACAAGAAGAUAAGAUUCGAUUACAGUGAAUACUCAUAUAGAUUUUAAUUAAUUAGAUAAUUAAAAACCAAUAAAAUUAUCUUAGAAUUUAGCUUAUUCAAGAUAAGAUACUGAUAAGUUGAUGGAAUUCAAAUUGACUUUAACGAAAGAGAAAAAUAUAUUAAUAAUUUGUAGAGAUGUGACUCAUCGUUAAAAGAUUCGAUAUUUGAAGGAUUAUGAUAUUUAAAAAUCUAAAAUGCUUUCAUUUGUGAGUCAUGAAUAUAGAUAACCAUUAGGAUGCAUAAUAUAAAUGAUUGAAUGUGCUUUAUAAUAAAAAGUAAUACAAAGAAAUGCAGAAAUAAGUGAAGAUUUAUAAGCAGCAUUAGAUAAUUCAAAAUAUAUGUUGAAUUUAUCUAAUGAUUUGUUAGAUUUAGCUUAGAUUAAAAAUGGAAAGUUUAAAAUUCAAAAAGUACCAUUUAAUUUAGAGAAAUUAAUAGGAGAAUCUAUAAAAAUGUUUGCAUUGAAAGCAAAAAUAAAAGAUUUACAAUUAUAUUGUGAUUAUUAAGUAUCUCUACCUAAAUUUAUAAUAUCUGAUAAAAAUAGAAUAAAAUAGAUAAUAGUAAAUUUAUUAAGUAAUGCAUUCAAAUUUACUUGUACUAGAAUACAAGUGAUAGUAGAAUUACAAGCAAAUUAAAUAUUAAGGAUAGGAGUAAGAGAUGAUGGUAUUGGAAUAAGUGAAGAGGAAUAAUAGGUUUUAUUUAAAGCAUUUUCAAAAAUAAAUUCUGAGGAGAGUAAGAAACUAAAUGAAUAAGGAGUAGGUUUAGGUUUAGUUAUAAGUAAUUAAAUUGCAUAAAAUAUUGGUUGUUCAGGAUUGAAUAUUGAAUCUAAGAAAGAUUAAAAGAAUCAUUUUUCUUUUUUUUAUUUUGAUAUAAUGAUGGAAGUUCCAACAAACAAAUAAAAAGUUCCUAGUUUUAAGAUUCCAUAGAUUACACCUUAAUAUCAAGAAGUUGAUGAAGUGACUACUUUUAAUCAAGAUUGUUAGAAGAUACUGUUGGAAACAAUUUAAUAAUGUUGUCAUUAUUUAAUAGUAGAUGAUGAUUGUUUUAAUGGUUAUGCAUUUCGAAAGAUAUUAAUGGGAUUAUAAAAUAAGUAGGUUUUAUAGAUACAAUAAUUUGAUGUAGAAUAUGUUCUUUCUGGUAAGGAUUCUUUGAUCAGAAUUUAGGAAAAGAAAUGUAGUAAAAUUUGUUAAGGAUAUAAAAUAGUAUUUAUGGAUGUAGAGAUGCCAGGUAUGAAUGGAAUAUAAACAACAAAAUAAAUCUUAAAUACCUAUCCGAAAUAAUUGAUAGUUGGAUGUAGUGGAUAUUCAGAUUUAUAAGAGAAGUAAAGAUGCCUUGAAGCUGGCAUGAUUGAUUAUUUAACUAAACCAGUAAGUGAAUAAGAUCUCUUGUAAAUACUAUAGAAAUAUUAAUGA